UCUGCAGCGCUUCUAGUGUAGCAUCAUCUCAAACCACCGGAUCCUGUGAGCUCCAGAAACAAACUACAGUGGACUCACAACUGACUUUAAUUGUGUUACUUUGAACUAAUUGUAUACCUAAGUGUGUUAUUUAACUCCAGCCACGUGUGUCUUUCAGUAACAGUGAGUUAUAGUGACGGAUUAGUUAGCUUUGCUAGCCGCGUUAGCUGGCUGCCGGCUACUCUCCUCGGCGUCACUUCCUACUUUUGAAACUCGCGGCCAGAAAAUAACGAAGCAGAGAUGGAGCUGCAAGUGGGCAGUGAGCCGAUGACCCUGGGCUCUCCCACCUCUCCUAAGCCGGCCUCUGGAGCUCAGUUUCUUCCCGGCUUCCUGAUGGGCGACCUGCCAGCUCCUGCCAGCCCACAGCCCCGCCCCUUCAGCCUGGCCACGCCUAUCGUGGAGAGCUCGAGUGCACAUCGAGGCGGUCCAGGAGGUUCCGGCCUGCAGCCCGUCGUCCCAACUCCCAAAGAUAAGAGUGGAGCCCCGCCUGUUCGCAGUAUCCAUGACGACGUGAUUACUGUAGCUACGCCACUCAAUGCACACAGACAGGCUUUUCCAGUCAUGCAGUCUCCUCUGUCGGCACGUCAGGCCUCAACUCCAGGAACAGGUGUGCAGCAGGUGUGUCUGUCUCCGGCUCAGGUGGAUCCUUUCUACAGUCAGGGAGAGUCUUUGUCCUCAGAAGACCAGCUGGACCAGACAUGGGUCACAGUGUUUGGUUUUCCUCCAGCAUCGGCUUCCUACAUCCUUCUGCAGUUUGCUCAGUACGGAAACAUCCUCAAACACACGAUGGCGUCUCCUGGCAACUGGAUGCACCUUCAGUAUCAGUCCAGACUUCAGGCGAGGAAAGCGCUGUCUAAAGAUGGGAAAGUGUUCGGUGACUCCAUCAUGGUGGGAGUCAAACCCUGCAUAGACAAGAGUGUGAUGGACAGCAGUGAAGCCGUCUCCUCACCCCUUUUGUCCUCCUUCUCCUCCUCCGUCCUCCCCUCGACUCCUCGAUCCGCCAUCAGACCGCUCAGCGCCACCUACAGGAGCUCCGGCAGCGACUACCAGGUCGUGGCAGACAGACAGACGCCCAGGAAGGAUGACAGCUUCGUCUCCAAGGCGAUGGAGUACAUGUUUGGAUGGUGAUGCGGCACAAAGCAUCAUGGGAUACCUGCAGAAGAGAGAGGACAGUCGAUGGACAAAUAGAUGAACUGAUUCACUACAGUGUGUGAGUGUGUGAAUGAGUGUGUGAUUGUGUGGUGAAAUCUUUCUCUUCUUUUAUAAUCUGCGCUUUUUUUUUAAUGUCUUUGUCAUAAUAAAGUCUCUGUUUUAAAUCAGAA